AUGGCAGAUCCUCUGAGCGUAGCAUCUGGUGUCGUCGCGUUGGUGACUUUCGCCCUUACGUCCAGUGUCAACCUGUACACGACAAUUCGCGACUUCCAAAGCCAAGACAAAAGAGCACGUGCGUUAAAGAACGAACUCAAUGAUCUUACAGCCGUACUGGAGUCACUCUUAGAAACCGUCAGCAACAACCCAGAAAUCAGCUUUGAGGCUCUUAAAGCUCCUCUUCACCGUUGCGGGAACGCGUGCAAGGAGUAUGGGGACCUAAUCUGUCGUUUUACAACACGCUCUACACCUUCACGAUCGAGUGUACGAGAUUGGGUCACCCAGAAAUAUCUUCAAGGAGAUAUCACCGACUUUAAGGACAUGCUGGCUGGGUAUAAAUCCACCAUAAAUAUAGCACUUGCCAACGCAACCAUUCGGGUAGCUGCCAUAACUCCAAGAGUGCUGGAAGACUAUAAAGAUAUGAUAUCAGAUGCGACCCAAGAUUUGAAGGAACAUUUGCAAAAGUUGGAUGAAAAAAUUCAGCUCCUCUCGCAUUCCGACCAGAACGACACUGAAUGGCAAGCCAUGAUGGAGGAGAAAAAGAGUACACAGCAGGGCCUUAGAAUCUGUGCUCAGCUAUCAGAACGGAUCGAGCAGCUGGAACCAGUGCCAGAAGAGCCUUCCCAGUUUUCCCAACGUCCUUCGGCACAUAAAUAUGUCAAAAAUGGAUUGGAUGCCACAAAAGGAUCUAUUCGCAAUCUCGUAACACAGCUGCGUAGCCACGAAGAGGACAUCGAUCGGCGAAUGCAGGUAAUGGCGUCUACGGAUACUAUAUCUAAAGACGCAGCCACGGAGCUUGAACGAUUGCGUGCGACAAAGGAAAGCAUCCAUCAAUGCAUAAAUGUUAUCUCUGAUGCAGAUGAUACUAAAGCAAUUGAGCGACACAAUGUUUUCGAAGAUAUUACUCUGGCCGAUGAUGCCUAUAACUUUACAAUCUCGACUGUUGGAGACCUUGUAACCGCCAGGCGCAUCAAUCUUACAGGACGGUCACGCAAUAUUGGCGGGCAAAUAAGUGACGAAAGUUAUCAAAAAACCAUCGAAAGCUUUUCAAAGCAGACAAUACAGGAUUCUCAGCAAGUCACCAAAACCCUCAACCAGAGUACCUCCACUCCUGACCAAGGAACUCAAGGUGACACAGAAGGCGUAUUUGAUAAUCGUCAUGGGCCUGGCGUUAGGCUCUCAAGCUCAGCAGAAAAUCAGAUAUGUUCGAAUACUACGUUAUAA